AUGCUUCCAGACGACUCUGGUCGCUUCUCCAAGUUGGCAUAUGCCGCUUCAUAUCUGACACUCAAUGGAUUUCACAAUCGCUUGGCCAACAACCUUUCAAACGUGCACUUGCAGCUCGGUGCUCGUGGUACCUCUAUCCUCUUCUCGUCCGGCGAUGGCGAUGUCUGUGACUACGUGCGCGACCUUCAAUCCGACGUUCCCCUCUGGUUGCCCCCUUCUGACUAG